AUGGAGAACCAAGGGAUGAGACAAAGUCACAGUCCAACAAGUCAACUGCAACAUCCUCUUACAUCUCCGACACCAUUUAACGGACCAAAAAGCCAACAACAACAACAGGUUGAUUUAGAUUCUUUUCCACCUGGUUAUCGAUUUAAGCCCAACGACCAAGAACUCAUCGAAUUGAAAUACCAAGCUCAAGGAGAAAAAGAAUGGUACUUUUUCACACUAAGAGAAAGAAAGUAUGCAAAUGGAACAAGACCAAAUAGAACUGCAGGGAAUGGAUUUUGGAAGGCCACAGCUGCUGAUAAGGGUGUCAAGUUUAAUGGCCGCAAAAUUGGAUCUUGUGCUGAGACCGAGCCCAUUGGAAUGGACAGUCCUGGUGGUUAUGAUCAGCCUCCCCAUACCACAGAAGUUCCUCAAUAUUCUCUUUGCUUUGAUGGAGUAAAUGGCAACAAUAAUAUUGAAGAAUUUUCGACAUCUGAAGGAACUUUCAUGUACAAUCUCUCCGAGACUCAGCUCAUUGGAAUGAACACUAGUGGUUAUGAUCAGCCUCCCCAAACCACCAAAGUUCCUCAAUAUUCUCUUAGUUUUGAUGGAGUCAAUGACAACAAUAAUUUUGAACAAGUAAUGAGAUAUGACGGAACUUCCAUGCACAAUCUCUCCGAGACUGAGCUCACUGGAAUGAACACUGGUUGUUGUGAUCAGCCUCCCCAAAUCAUAGAAGUUCCUCAAUAUUCUCUUAGAUUUGAUGGAGUAAAUGACCAAUUUUUGACAUCUGAAGGAACUUCCAUGCACAAUCUCUCUGAGACUGAGCCCCCUAGAAUGGACAAUGGUGAUUAUGAUCAGCCUCCCCAAACCAGUACAGAAGUUCCUCACUAUCUUGGCUUUGAAGAGUUGAGACAGCACCAAAGUUAUCAGCAGGAUAUGGAUAGCACAUUCUUCGGCAACACAUAUCGCAUCAACCCUAAUGCCUCUUGGUCAAUUGAUUAUCACCAGCUCUUGCAAGAUGCGUUCACAUGA